AUGCGCGUUGGUGGCAAGCGCUGCGACGCCGUAUUCCGCGCUCUGUGUUCCGUCCACAGCACCCGUCCCUCGUCCGCCUUCAGCUCGACCAACGCGCGGAGCAUCGCCACGGCAAUGCAGAGCAGAACAGAGACAUGGGCAUCGAGAGUCGUCAUCGUCAUCGCCAUGGGGCUGACCUCUGGAACCGGUGCCUUACAUGACCGCGUGGCCAGGGCGGUAGAUGGCUCACGGAAGAGCUAG